AGCCCAUAACCGCACUCAAGCAAGCAGGCGAGAGGCUAGGGUCGAUGGUGAACUGGGUGCAGGUGUUAAGGAAGCACUUCGUGGCCCGUCUGGCCACCAACGCCGGCCUCCGCCAGCAAGCCGUGGCCGUCGACGAAGAUGGCACCGUCGUCAACUUCUGGCUUCCCAAGAAGAAGCUGACCGGAGCCACCACCACAGGUCAGGCAGAGAAGCGGAGGCACGCCGUGGUGCUCGUGCACGGCUUCGCCGGCGACGGCAUGAUGACGUGGGGGUUCCAGGUGGGUGCCCUCGCCGCACGCGGCCACGACGUCUACGUCCCGGACCUGGUCCACUUCGGCGGCUCCACGUCGACGUCGCCCGACCGCUCCGUGGCCUUCCAGGCACGCUGUCUGGCGGCGGGCCUGCGGAAGCUUGGCGUGGCCGGCCGGUGGUGCACCGUGGUCGGGUUCAGCUACGGCGGGCUGGUAGCGUUUGAGAUGGCGGCCGCGUGCCCGCUCCUCGUCCGCGCCGUCGUCAUUUCGGGCGCUGAAGUCGCCUACACGGCCGCCAUGAACGACGCCCUGCUGCGGAGGCUCGGCGCCAAGUCGAUGACGGAGCUCAUGCUGCCAGAGACGGUCGCUGACGUCGACCGGCUCUUCUCCACCGCGUUUUACAGGACACCAUGGCUUCCCCGUCGUCUCCUUAGCGAUUUUCUCAAGGUGAUGUGUGACAACCGAAAGGAGAGAGCUGAGAUGCUGAAGGGUAUGAUUGUCAACACGGAUAAAGAAGCAUCAGCACCUAUUUUUCAGCAGAACAUACUUCUGUUAUGGGGAGAGAAUGAUAACUACUUCCUCGUCGAGGGUGCCAAGCGGCUGAAAGGGGAUCUUGGGGAGAACGUCAUGCUGCAAAUCAUAAGCAAGGCGGGGCAUCUAGCCCACUUGGAGAGGCCAUGUGUCUACAACCGCUGCCUCAAGGAGUUCCUGGCUCAUGUCGAUGCCCUCCCCUCUUAGAUCAUUGGAAAGACCAUGCACGCCCGGAUAAUCUCUCUCUAUUGUUAUGGCUUGUGGUUGAUAUUUAUUAACUUCUUUUUCAUUGGGGACUGGCUAAAUAAAAUGUACAAUGGGCGAGUAACCAUGAAUGAAUCAGUUGACCAUCUCCUUUUUGCUAAAAGUGCUAAGUGAGUAAGCUUGUGUUCGGCCUUGAGGUGGCUUUUGAGA